AUGGCCUCCUUAGGCAUUACGCCAACAGCAUUUACGUCACGAGAGGCAGUGCAUGUGUUACCCAGUCAACAACAACAAACCAUUGUUCAUGUCCCAGCUGGAUAUGAAGAUGUUCAGCUGCUCUCAGACUACCUCACCCUUAUUUACCCAAUAGACGUGGAGGUGAGCUCGGACGCCAGACAGGUCACCAUUCGUGGUGCCCAGCCUGAUGAACUGUGCAACGCGCAGAACUUUGCGCUGCGCUUUUUAGGCCCGGAAUCGGUUAUGGUGCUGAAGAUGCCCUUUGGAAUUCAGGUGCUCUGCACCAUCAAGACGAUUCGCCGUUACUUUGCUGUGCGGUGCCGUGUCAUCGUCACCGUCCGCGGCAAUAAGGCCCUUAUUCUGCGCGACUACGAUCAGCUUCAGGCUGUCAGCCCAGCCCUCAAGUCCGGUCUUUUCGACCUCUUGGUAGAAAUGGAGGCUUCAGUCUCGACAACAGCAGCAGCAGCAGCAGUGACGGCAACAGCCAGUCAGGGGUUUCCUGACACUGGCUUGCCAACCGCUGACGAGUCCGAAGAGCCCGCCUUUGUGGAAGCCUUUCGUAAACCUAGGGGUCAAGACCCUGCUGCAGUCUUCCGGGGAAAGAAAACAAAGCUGGUAAACUGUCUCUGCACUAAUGGUUUAAAGUCAACUUCUACGCAGGUCCGGACGGUCCUGCCGUUUGGGUUUUGA